AUGUUCACGCUCAUCCGUCAAUGUUGUGAUGUGCCCACAGGCAUCGAAAGAGACGAUUGCAAGUCGGAUGGGAUGUCUCAAACGGCCUUUGUUUCCAUGGGGUCAUUCCUCCUGUCAUUUAGUGCUGGAGCAACAGCUGGGAUCUCAGCCAUCAUUAUACCGCAGCUGUUACAUGAGGAAGGAAGACAUAAAUAUAGUACAGAGAUGAUGUCCUGGGUAGCGGCCAUGUCUUCAUUGGCUCUUCUCUUCGGUAACAUGAUAUCCGGAUACUUAAUGGAACGUUUUGGCAGAAGAAUGUCUCAAAUCAUACUCUCAAUAUUCUACAUUAGUGGCUGGCUGAUCAUUGGAUUCUCAACGAACAUCUACUUCAUGCUAGUUGGAAGAUUUAUUACAGGCUUUUGUCAAGGGUGGCUAGGCCCAUUAGGACCUGUAUUUAUUGGAGAAAUAAGUUCACCAGCCUACAGAGGUCUAUUCUUGGCUGGCCUGUCCUUGAGCAUUGCAUCUGGCGUGUUCAUGUCGCAUUUGUUUGGAACUUUCCUUCACUGGAGUCACGCAUCAAUUCUGUGCGCGCUGUUUCCGUUGCUCGGAUGUGUUACUCUAUAUUUUUCACCCGAAUCGCCUUCCUGGCUUGCAUCUAAAAACGAUAUCGACAAAUGCAAGAAAUCAUUUUAUUGGUACAGAGGAAAUAGUUUAGUGAUGCAAAACGAGCUGGACAAAAUGUUAGCCGAAUACGAAAAGAAAAAAGAAGUGAAACCCAAGUGGGAAACUUUGAAAGAUAAUAUACAGAAACCAGAGUUUUGGAAACCUCUAUGUAUAAUGAUUGUAUUCUUCAUAGUCACCCAGUUGUCUGGUAUCAAUGUCAUAUGCGCGUACACAACAGACAUAAUGAAAGUGCUCAUAGGAAAUAAUAAAAACACGUACACGGCUAUGUUAGCAACUGAUAUUUUACGAGUAGUAGCCCUAAUUACAGCUUGUAUCCUCCUUCGUAGAAUAGGACGCAGACCAUUGGCUAUAUUUAGUGGUGUGUUUACAACACUAUCUUUAAUAACACUAUCCAUAUAUUUAUAUCUUGUUGAAAAGAGGAUUAUAAGGCAUAUAUCACCGCUCAUAUCAUUAGGAUUAAUGGCUAUAUACAUAGUUGUAUCUAAUUUAGGUAUAUCACCUUUACCGUGGAACAUGGUUGGCGAAGUAUUUGCGUCAGAAACAAAAGGAUUAGGUUCUGGUAUUAGUGUGAUGAUGACUUCUAUGGCCUUCUUUGGAACUGUAAAAACUGCGCCCGCCAUGUUUCAUAGUAUAGGACAUCAUGGCACCUAUUUGUUCUAUGGCUUGUCUACUCUCUGUGGUACGGUCUUCUUAUACUUCUUCCUUCCUGAAACCAGAGGUAAAACUCUAUUACAAAUAGCAGAACAUUUUAGGUACGGAAAUAAAGAAAAAAGUAAAGAAUCUAAUAAUCACUGCGUAUAA